GCUGCCUGCCCUCCUUCAGGCCUAUAACAACAACACCCAUAGCACAACUGGGAUGACACCGCAUUAUGUUGUGUUUGGGAGGCACGCCAAGCUGCCUGUGGACUGGGUUACUGGCCUGGCCCCCCCUGUGCAGCCCUGCACGCUACAGGGCUGGGUAAAGCAGCACCAAAGAGCCCUGAGCCAUGCAUACCAGGCUACAUAGAAACACACUCAAUGCAGACAGGAACGAGACCAGACCCGUUAUAAUAGACGAGCUCAGCCAGCACCCUUGCUUCCAGGACAGCCAGGAGCCAACAGAAGAAUCGGGCCCUCCAGCAAUGGCCCAGUCAAGCCAGUUGCCUCCGCCCACUUGGUGGCUCCCGGGUUUGAGGAUGACGGCCGCCGAGCCACUGACAGCACCGACAGCGCCAGCUCAGGCCGAACCACCUGACUCUCCACAAGAACCAGCAGCCCCUGGUAAUGAGCCUGAGCCUCCAGUUAUAUGUCGCUCAGAGCGAACUAACUUUGGGUUACUUCCAGCCAGGUACCACAGUGAGUAAGUGGUCGGGACGACCAUUAUUGAAGAAGGGAGGAAAAUGUCAAAGUGAGACAUAAUUGUAGUCAUACUUGAUCUUAUAUUUUGCAUGUCUUAUUUUUAUUAUAUGCAUCUGGUUUUAGUGAGUUGCCCUGCAUGCUUCCUUAUAUGGUUUUAUAUUUUCUGAUAUUGUGUUUUGACUUGGACUGAGUGAAUUGAACUCUGACCAUUGUUACUUCCAAUACAUCCAACUGAAAAAAGCCAUCAAAAGUCGACAGAUAUCAACAAUUUCUAUGACCACACUAGUAUAUCUUAAACUAAACCACUUGAAUCCCCCAAAAAAGUUUCAUCACAUAACAACACCAUGUCACUUCUGAAAUGCAGACCUAAACAUACCAGACUGUAACAUUAAUUGGCAAACCUUUUUUCAACAACAUAUUUUCCGUGACCUGCAACUCCAUACCCUAAUGUAUACAGUAUAAAGGCCUCCAGUUCACAUCACUACUCAUAAAAUGUACCACAUGGGUUUUUUGAAUAACAACACAUUGCCCAAAUUCUACCAAUGACUGUUUCCUUCCUUUGCACCUCAGUUCAGCUCUUUUGGUCGCAAGUCAUAAACAAGCUCUUCAGGAUCUAUUCAUUUUAAUAGCGCUAACACUAGCCAGGAAGAUUAUAUUAAUCAAUUGGAAAGACAGAACCAAUCAAUCCAUUUAUCUGAUAACUGAACAUUCUACUCAAAAUUAGUACCUAAUCCGGUAUUGUGGCGAACGAAACUGCAAAACAAAUUAUUGAAGAGAAGUUUUUAAUUAUUCGUAA